AUGGCACAGGUUGUAACACUUUUUCAGAUGCUAUUGAUUCUGCUACUUCAUGAUUACAUCUCAGCUGAAGAUGGGGAAAAAAGAGCAAGUUGCAGAACUGCUCCAGCUGAUUUAGUUUUUAUCUUAGACGGCUCUUAUAGUGUUGGCCCAGAAAAUUUUGAAAUAAUCAACAGCUGGCUUGUCAAUAUUACAAGAAACUUUGACAUAGGGCCAAAGUUUAUUCAAGUUGGAGUUGUCCAGUACAGUGAUUACCCUGUACUUGAAAUUCCCCUUGGAACUCAUGAAUCCACUGAGAACCUCAUCAGGGAAAUGGAGUCCAUACACUACUUGGGAGGAAAUACAAGAACAGGAAGAGCCAUUCAGUUUGCCUUUGACCAUCUUUUUGCAAAAUCUUCAAGAUUUUUAACAAAAAUAGCAGUUGUUCUCACUGAUGGAAAGUCCCAAGAUGAAGUCAAAGACAUAGCAGCAGAAGCAAGGAAAAAUAAAAUCACUUUGUUUGCUAUUGGUGUUGGCUCAGAAAUUGAGGAGGAUGAACUUAAAGCUAUUGCCAACAAGCCAUCAUCAACUUAUGUAUUUUAUGUUGAAGAUUAUAUUGCAAUAUCAAGAAUUAAAGAAGUUAUAAAGCAGAAACUCUGUGAGGAAUCUGUUUGUCCAACACGAAUUCCAGUGGCAGCUCGAGAUGAAAAAGGAUUUGACAUUCUUGUUGGAUUAGGAGUGAAGAAAAAGGUUAAGAAGAGAAUUCAGAUACCAACCACUAAUGCAAAAGCUUAUGAAGUAACCUCACAUGUUGACCUGUCGGAAUUGACAAGGAAUGUUUUUCCAGAAGGUCUGCCUCCAUCCUAUGUGUUUGUUUCCACACAAAGAUUUAAAGUAAAAAAGACAUGGGAUUUAUGGAGAAUUCUAAGUCUGGAUAAGAGACCACAGAUUGCAGUCACUAUUAAUGGAGAAGAGAAAGCAUUAUCAUUCACUACAACAAGUUUAAUAAAUGGCACACAAGUUAUUACUUUUGCUGUACCUCGAGUAAAGAUACUGUUUGAUGAAGGCUGGCAUCAAAUUCGUCUCCUAGUAACAGAAGACUUUGUAACUUUGUAUAUAGAUGGCCAAGAAAUUGAAACAAAGCCAUUACAUCCUGUUUUAGGUAUUUACAUCAGUGGCCUAACCCAAAUAGGAAAGUAUUCUGGAAAGGAGGAAACUGUACAGUUUGAUAUACAAAAACUACGAAUCUACUGUGACCCAGAACAAAAUAAUCGAGAAACAGUCUGUGAAAUCCCUGGAUUUAAUGGAGAGUGCAUGAAUGGUCCUAGUGAUGUAGGCUCAACACCUGCUCCCUGCAUAUGCCCGCCAGGAAAACAAGGACCCCCAGGGCCCAAAGGUGAUCCUGGGCAGCCUGGAAAUCAUGGUUAUCCUGGUCAGCCUGGUCCAGAUGGUAAGCCUGGAUAUCAGGGAUCAGCAGGAACUCCAGGCAUCCCAGGAACUCCUGGGGUUCAAGGACCACGUGGCUUACCAGGUAUCAAGGGAGAGCCAGGAAAAGAUGGGGCUAAGGGUGACCGUGGACUACCUGGCUUUCCUGGGUUACAUGGAAUGCCAGCACCAAAGGGAGAAAGAGGUCCUAAAGGAGACCAAGGAGUGCCAGGAAUAUAUGGAAAAAAGGGUUCAAAAGGAGAAAAAGGUGAUAUGGGCUUUGGGCGAGCUGGAGACCCUGGCAGAAAUGGGAAAGAUGGAUUACCAGGAAGUCCUGGCUUCAAGGGAGAAGUUGGACAACCUGGAUCUCCAGGCCUAGAAGGACAUCGUGGAGACCCCGGAAUUCCUGGAAUCCCUGGCAAUCAAGGAGCAAAAGGACAAAAGGGUGAAACUGGACCACCAGGUCAACCAGGAGCAAAAGGGUCAACAGGAGAUACUGGUUUAAUGGGACCAGAAGGUUCAUUUGGUCUACCUGGAUCUCCUGGACCUAAGGGUGAUAAAGGUGAACCUGGAAUACAGGGGAAACCAGGAUCAUCAGGAGCCAAGGGAGAACGAGGAGUACCAGGCACUCCAGGUGAACCAGGCUACCCAGGCAUCCCAGGUAUCCAGGGCAUAAAGGGGGAUAAAGGAAAUCAAGGUGAAACUGGCAUCCAGGGACUGAAAGGAGAAAAAGGAAGACAAGGAAAUCCAGGCUUACAGGGAGUAGAAGGAUUGAGUGGACAACGAGGAGAGAAAGGUGAAAAAGGAGAUCCAGGCAUUCGAGGGAACAAUGGGCAAAAAGGAGAAUCCGGUAUCCAGGGUUUGAUUGGGCCUCCUGGUCUCAGAGGUCAGCCAGGAGACAGAGGACCCCCAGGGCUACCUGGAUCAGAUGGAAAACCUGCACGAGAAUUUUCAGAAGAGUUUAUUCGACAGGUGUGUUCAGAUGUACUGAGAACCCAGUUGCCUGCUAUCCUUCAGAGUAGAAGGCUACAAAACUGUAACCACUGUCAAUCCCAAAGUGCUUCUCCAGGACUUCCAGGACCACCAGGUCCAAGAGGCCCUGAAGGCCCAAGAGGAUUUCCUGGUUUACCAGGAAACGAUGGCAUUCCAGGGCUGACAGGCAUCCCAGGUCGCCCUGGGGCUCGUGGGACAAGAGGACUGCCAGGAAAGAAUGGCGCAAAAGGCAAUCAAGGAAUUGGGGCUCCUGGGAUUCAAGGUCCCCCAGGACCUCCAGGUCCUGAAGGUCCGCCGGGUAUGAGUAAGGAAGGACGUCCUGGAGAGCGUGGGCAACCUGGUAAAGAUGGAGAUCGUGGCAGUCCAGGAAUGCAAGGACCAGUUGGACCCCCUGGAAUUUGUGACCCAUCACUAUGUUUUAGUAUAAUCGUGGGGAGAGAUCCGUUUCGAAAGGGACCAAAUUACUAAUUUGUGAUACAGUAAUUUAGAGGAAUAGGUGUGGUGCUUGUCUUUUGUGGUCUUUCAAGUCUCAGGAAGG